CUCAUCCCUCGAAUCCGAGGAACUCGACGAUAUCUAACCAAGAAAGAGAAUCGACCUAUAGGAAGGAGUGAGGAUCACUAAAACUUGUAAACUAAUCCUCUUUGAUAUACCCGUCUACUUACCUACUUCGGACCUAUCAUACGAUCAAGUUCAGGUCGCAAUUUUGCGGAGCCAAACCUGCGGAAGACCACAGUCAUCUCAUACGCUGAUGUCCGAGCCUGCAUUGCGUCUCCGAACAGAACAGCGAAUAGGAUUGACUAAAUGGUUAACCCGCCUCUCUGCUCCAGGAUCGGAAUAACAUGGCGACCCCUACUGCUGUCACCAUCUCUUCUGCUAAUUUGAACGGCCAUUCCAGGCCACAACCAACCAAACUCGCCAUAACCCCUAUCUCAGCUGCAUCUCCCCCCGCCUCGUCUGUCGCUUCACCAAUCUCCGGCGUGUCUACGCCAACAUCGGCUCACCAACUUGCUAUUAAACCAGCUGCCGCUGCCCUGCAGGCCACCACAAUGGCGACAGUCGCUGUCGCGAAGGGCACGAUUACCAGCAAGGAAUGGGUGGUUCCUCCGAGGCCUAAGCCCGGUCGGAAGCCCGCCACAGAUACACCACCGACCAAGCGGAAGGCUCAGAACCGGGCUGCUCAGCGCGCUUUUCGCGAGCGAAGGGCCGCCCGUGUCGGCGAAUUGGAGGAGCAGUUGGAGGAGCAGAAGGAAGAGUACGAGAGGACGCAGCAACAAUUGCAGGAUCAGGUGCAGGAUCUAGAUACCGAGGUACAGUCACUACGGAGCAAAUGCGUAGUCCUCGAGGAUUUGUUGGAGAAAGAGCGCGCAGAGCGUACCAAAGCAGAAAACGAACUCGAAGAUUUGAGACGACGAUGGCGGUUGGAAGGUUCCACCUUGCCGUCGAGGAACGGAAGUUUCACGUCCCAUCACGGACGAGCGCCCAAUUCAUCAAGCAUCUCCUCUCAACACCCGACACCUCGAGGAAGCAUCACAAGCAACGCACCGGAGCACCGCAACUCGACUACGGCCUUCUCUAUCUCACAAAUUAUUUCUCCUCCCGAUUCUUCGAAUUCGUCGGGGCCUAGGGAGUCGUCGGCAGAUCCCGCAGGCUGCGGCAAUUGCGAAUCCACCGGACCAUGCGCCUGUGUCGACGAUGUCCUAACCAAUACGUCCGUCGGAUGUGGUAAGUGUAGCAUCGGUACUAAAUGCGAAUGUCUCGAAGCUGUGCUUAAGGGGCCAGCUCCGAACUCGGAAUCCGAGCUCAAGCGGAAGCCAUCCUCGAUAUCUGCCAUGGCUCCGGAAGAGAAGAGGCAAAAGAUACCCGAGCCAUAUCCUCACGAGGUUGACUUUACUGCCAUGUUCGCUAAGAAGAAGGACCCCGUUCCAGAAGUUGCCUUGUAUCAACCCGUUGCCCAACCUGCCGUGGCGCCGCGAGACUCGUGCGGCUUCUGCAAAGAGGGUACUUACUGCAUGUGUGCCGAGGCCGCCGCGUCGCAGACUCUUGCCCCAGUAUCCCAACAAGUUCAGACCCCACCGCCUUCGGAGAACGAUGUCGGCCCUACCCCCGUAGAAGUCACGUCAACUGGUGCCAUCAAGCUGCCGGGUAUAAGUUCAUUGAAUCACACACCGAUUUCGUCGACACGUCCCUCUACCGGUUGCGGCCCCAAAGGACCCGGAACCUGUGCUCAGUGCCUGAGAGAUCCCAAGUCGGGUCUCUUCUGCCGUAGUCUCGCCGCAAACUUUGCCCGUAACGCGGGCAAGUCCAGCGGCGGGUGUUGCGGGGGAUCUGGAGGCUCUGGAUGUUGCAAGUCUAACGGAUCCGCGUCAGGAACGGCCACACCUAGCGGUUCGUCGUCUGGCAUUAGUGUGUCAUGCGCGGACGCAUACAAGACGCUGUCUAGUCAUCGAAAUUUCGAAAAGGCCACCGAAGAGAUCGGAACUUGGUUGCCGAGACUUAGGGCCGCUCCCCCUCAGCCGAACGCUCCGGCUAGAUUACCCAUCGAGGUCGAGGCGGCUAGCAUCAUGGGUGUGUUGAGGGAGUUCGAUGUUCGAUUCGGAAGAGACGCCUAAGCGGCCUCAUUGCAUUCAUGGUGGGAUGGGAGGUUGCAUCACGUUUUAAGCGUAUAACGGGAGUACAUAACGACGACACGGCGGCAACGGAUCAUUAUGUCCGGCGGUGUUUAGAGGAAAAGGAGGUUGAUUGUUUUGGCUACAUUAGGAGAGUGGCCGUAUUGCAUUAUCGCUUAUCUCUCAUCGGUUCGAUAAUAUCUCAUCAUGGAAGGCUGCGAGGGUGGUCUUCUCGCUUUGGUUUACUGGUUAUAGGGAACCCUUGACGAUUUUCCAAGGCGUUCCGACUGUUUGUAAGGUAUAUCUAAAAGUAUCGUCGGACUCGAUCGAGUUCCGGGUACAUCAUGCGAAUGCGUUUCUACGAGGGUGUUCAAUAGUUAUAUAAAGGCACUUUCAGCUGUUCAUAUUUGGGGGC